AUGGCACUACCCGAUAACACACCAGUCUAUUUCUGGAAACCAGAAGAAGAAAACGGCGUCUUCGGACAAUGGUAUCCAUCAUCGUUCAUCUGGACACAAGGGAAUGAAACAUUCAAUUAUGCCAAUGCAGAGCAAUACAUGAUGCACCGCAAAGCACUCCUCUUCGCCCCAACCCACCGAAUAACCAAACAAAUACACGAAGGCUGGAAGGUGCACCCAAGAUCGCUCCGCAAUCUAGGCCGGCAGAUCCCGAAUUUCGACGAUGAUGUGUGGGGAAAAGAGCGAUACGCAAUAGUUUUGGAAGGAUCUUAUCUGAAAUUCUCGCAGAAUGAGAAUCUCAAGCAAGUUUUACUGGCGACCGGGGAAAGGGAGUUGGUUGAGGCUAGUCCGCGAGAUCGGAUCUGGGGGAUUGGGUUUGGGAAGGACGCUGCUGAUAUGCGGAGGGAGGAGUGGGGGUUGAAUUUACUAGGGAAAGCUUUGAUGGAGGUUAGGGCGCGCUUGAGAGAGGAGAAGGUUUCAAGCUAG